GUGUAGUUAUACAGUUAAAUACGAUGCUGUGUUGGUUAAGAUUUACUGUCUUGGUUUAUAUCUCAGGUUUUCCUUGGAAUGACGUAUCUGGAUGCAACAACACUGCGCCCUGCAAAUUUAAAGGUGGAGAGCUUCUUGAACAUCUCGAUCAACUCAGUGUUAGUUCCGCCCACCCUGGAACCAUCAAUGUGUCGCUUACUGAAAUCAACCUUGAAUGGUUUAGGACAAAUCGGAGGGUGUUUAACGGUAAACUUGCCGCCCCGAUCAUACGAUUCACGGAAACCGAUGGCCUGCGUAUCCGAUUAACCAACAACUUACCUGGAAAUCCAGUUUCAUCAACCAAUUACUCCAUCAACAAAGUAAUGCUGGAUAUUUCGGGUCUAAGACUUCAUCCAGACGCCUUAAAAACAAACUCGCUUCAGGAUUUAAUUAAUCCUGGCGAGAGCACGAGUAUAGAACGAGGGAUUUUCAGCAGAAAUUCAGGCACUUAUUUAUAUGGAACUUUUACAAAUGGAUCCUCCAACUUUAUGAUAUCCAGUGGGUUAUGUGGUAUGGCUGUUGUGGAAGACAUCUCAGGUAACAUCCAUGAAACAUUGUCCAAUAUAUCUUGUCCUGGUCACUGUGGGGAUGAAAUCCAUCUUUUAUUUGGUUCAACUAUGCAAUACUCACAAAGUGGGGGGGAUUUUGGAAACCUUCAAAGUACAGUUGGGGAUGAAGACAACAGAAACUUGGAACUUCUAACUGGGACCAACCAAACAUUAGAGGAUUGGCUGCGAGAUGAUAAUAAUGGUGUUAAUUAUGUCACUGUGAAUGGGAAGAUACAACCAACAUUAAACUUACAAGCCGGAGAAAUGAAAAGAUUCAGAUUGGCUAGCUGUUGUGCAACUCAAACCCUCAGUAUUACCUUGAAUAAAAGCCAUUGUGAUGUCAGAGAGAUAGCAUCAGAUGGCAGUUACCAUGGCAACCCACGUGAGCCUGCAACUUUACUUCUGCCAGGAUCAACAUUGGACUGGAUCGUCGUUUGUAACACACCUGGAACAUUCCGGGUGACUUCCGUACAGUCUUCACAAAGUCUCAAUAUUUAUUCUGAGUUCCUUCUUCUGAUAAAUGUAACUGGCCCUCCAACAAGUGCAACCAUACCAGACUUCAUCAUCACAACUCAGCCUGACUUCGACUUGAGAAAUGAACCUGUUCGGCUGAAUUACACUUUAGAGGUUGGGCCCCCUGGAUCAAUAAACAGAAGAAGUAGCACCUUGUUUAAUGAUAUUAGAUUUGAAAUCGUCACCAACGAAUCUGCAUUAGUGAUGGAUUGGAAUCUUGUGAACACUCAUCCAACACAAAGCAAGUUAAUUUACUUCAGAAGACACAGAGUCCAGUUUCUUCGCAACAAUUCCUAUACCGGGCCCUAUACAGUUGGAGAAACGUCAUGGCAAUUAUGUGACUAUAACCAAGAGCCUUGCUGCUGCCAAUAUAAAGGUUACAAUGCACAAACUGCAACUUCAUGCAAAUCAAUUCCGUGUCAACAAAUUAUAACUUCAAAAUCUUCAGACUUAACUUACAACAAUGGUGACCAUAGAUACAACAUACUCGUUUCACCACAAGGAAAUAUAACAGUUCGUGUGUUACUAGUUAUCCAUGGGGAAAUACAUGAGGUUUAUGAAGUUGGGGAAUCAGAUUUACAACAGCGAGAUAAAGGAGCAAUGCUUAUGUUUAGAACUACUGCGAGUAAUACAACUACUUUGAUAAGUCACAUGAAUGAAUCUGUUGGAAGCUGUGGCAUUUGUUCGGCGCCGGUUGCCACAGUGGAAAGGGGUUGUAACAUUGUCAACUUACCUGAUGCUCCGUCAUGUAAGGUCACUACAACCAUCCAACCCAGCACCACUGUUUUUCCAACAACUGUGACGAUCCCCACAAGCUCAGAAAAACCAAGCAGCACGGAGCAACCAAUCACCACGGAGCAACCAAUCACCACAACCCAACCUCCAGUUAAUGUUGAAAUAAUAGCUGGUUCAAUCUUGGGAGUUUUAGUUAUAGCUGUUGUGAUUACUGUCAUCAUUUAUAUAAAGAAACAUUUUAGUCACAAUCAAAACAAUAGCGAUAGACCUGAAAAUAUAGAUCUAUCUGAAAUGAACACAAUAAUUGACAAUCUUCCUGAUGGUAGUCAACCACCCCCUAAUCAUUUACCUCCCAUGCAUUCAACUCCACCAUUACCCAAUACCACGUGACCAAAUGUACCAACUACCACGUGACCUAAAUGCACUUCAUCUCACACAAAACUUGACUUGUCUAAGAGGUAAUGAGUCAGAAUAACUCUUGAAUGCACUUUUGGCUCAUAAUGUUGCAAUGGCCGAUAAAAGCUUCUAUUCUAUAUUAACUUGGAAGUUGUGAAGAAUGCCUCUGCAGCUGGACUGCUAGGAUGUAAACAAUUAAAGAUAAAAAAAGAUUUUUUCUAAACUGAUAUAAUCAUUCUUUUCUACCUAUCAGUUUUGCUUAACCUGUUUAGACUUUUUUCUUUAAAUGUAACAUUUAAUGUGAAAUCAAAAUGUCUUGACUAAUAUCUCAUGAUACUAAACUACUUUACCCUUUUUUAAGCACUUAUGUUAUAUAUUUUAAGGGGUAUCAGGCCUAAAUGCCACUGCAUGCUCUGCUGUGUAACUUGCCAAUUUAAAAUGACUAUUACAUUUUCUUAAAAAAAUGCUUCUUAUAUAUGCGCACAAAAUUCUUUUUUCACUUCAUACACUGUUUUGUUUAAUAUUUUUGAAAACUAUUUAUUUAUAGUAUUUUUAAACUAUUUCUUGACUCCUUCAUUUUUAUAUUAAAAUAAAAUUCUUUAGAAAUAAAGACAAUUGUAUCUGCACUGUUAUGUUCGUUUAAACUGACCAUAAAAUGUGCACCCAAGUAAGCAUUAAGAUACAACAACAAUCUGUUUGAUGAAUGUUUAUCAUUUAUUCCCAAUAUUGCACACUUAAUCCUUUGACACAUCUACAAAAUCACAUAACGUUUGACCAAGUUUCACUACGGUAUGUUUAAACCAAACAUUUCUUCAGCAAUCUCCGUAAAAAAGUAACACCACCAAAAUACAGUGCAACACAUGCACUGCGGUAAAUUAUCUAAAACACAAGUUUCAACAAACAACAUCAGAGGUUGUACUCUCGUCUACUGACUAAACUAGUCGCCACUUAUUUAGAUUUUGCUUUUUAGUCACCGGACUAAAACUUAAUCAGUAGAUUUUGACCGAGUAACUUCUGUAAUCAGUAAUACA